GUCCAUAUGAUUAGCCUGAACGGUCUCAUUCCUACUGCUUCCCCUAUCUCCACUAAGCCGUCGGGUGAUAUGACACAUCCACCACCCAUCACGAGACCGUCCACGGCCUCGAGCCCGCCUAUCUGCGGAGAAGCCCCCGAGAUAGCGUCCGAGCUUUCUUUGACGGGUCGCUAGGUGGGGGCAGCGCCGCGACCAUCACCACGGGAAAACCGGUCGGCACACGCGCGGAU